GUUUAAGGAGAGGAUCCACUGUUUUUCAACAAUUUAAGUGAUGGGGUAGCUGCUGCUGUGCUGGAUACAUAGUCUAGAUAAUCAAUUCAAGAUAAGAAACCAUGACAGUGGAAACUGAUUCAAAUGUUAAUCACUCAAACCUGGAAAUGGAGCCUACCCAGUCUUUGGAAGAUGGAGCAAUCCAACAAGUACCAGGCACUGGCUUGAAGGUAUUUCUCGUUGCUUUGUCAUUCAGCUACUUGUGCAAAACAUUAUCUGGAACAGUUAUGAAAAGUUCCAUCACUCAGAUAGAAAGAAGAUUUGAUAUUCCCUCCUCUGUAGCUGGCUUAAUUGAUGGAAGUUUUGAGAUGGGUAAUUUGCUGGUGCUGGCAUUUGUAAGUUAUUUUGGAGCAAAAUUUCAUAGACCAAAAAUCAUUGCUUUGGGGUGUUGUAUUAUGUCAGCUGGAAGUAUUUUAACAGCAAUGCCUCAUUUCUUCAUGGGAUAUUAUAAGUAUGAAACAGCAUCGCAUGCAGUGUUGUCUGUCAACUCAACUUCAAGUCUCUCUCCCUGCUCAGUGGAUCAAAAUGUAACUGGUGUCAGUGAAACCUUAUCAGAACAUUCAGAUUCAGAUUGUGUAAAGGCAGCAUCAUCAUAUAUGUGGCUAUACGUCCUAUUGGGCAACUUGUUACGUGGAGUUGGGGAAUCGCCAAUAACACCGCUAGGAAUUUCUUACCUUGAUGAUUUUGCUAAAGAAGAAGAUGCUCCUUUAUACAUAGCAUGUUUGCACACAAUAGCAAUGAUCGGGCCAAUAAUCGGCUAUCUGUUGGGAUCACUGUGUGCCAGCUUGUAUGUGGAUAUUGGAUUUGUGGAUCUAGGUAGCAUAACCAUAACUCCAAAAGACUCCCGGUGGGUAGGUGCCUGGUGGCUUGGUUUUAUUGUAGCUGGAAUAACUAAUCUCAUUGCUGCCAUACCAUUCUGUUUCCUGCCAAAGAGUCUCAAAAAGCAGGAGGAAGAGAAUAAUGACAAAAUUUCAUCUGAUCUUUCCAAAAUUAAAGGACACCAGAGCAGGCAUCACGAAUCUGAAAAUCAUCAGCCAGUGAAGUGGUCAGUAACUUCAGAAGGUUUCUUUAUCUCUCUGAAAAGAGUAUUGAGUAAUAGAAUGUACAUAACAUUUUUGUGUUGUUCACUGUUACAAUUCAGUAGCUUUGUUGGUUUCUUGACUUACAAACCAAAAUACAUGGAACAACAGUAUGGUCAGUCCGCAUCUAAGUCUAACUUUGUAACAGGAGUAACUGCUUUACCUGCUGUAAGCAUUGGGAUUUUUUUAGGAGGGCUCAUAAUGAAGAAAUACAAAAUGGGCAUGAUUGGAACGACAAAAUUUGGAUUUGGAAUGUCACUGAUGGCUUUUCUCAUAACCCUCUCAUACUUUUUUGUGGGCUGUGAGAACCAUGUAGUGGCAGGACUGACAGUAUCUUAUGAUGGCAAACCAGUUGCACGUCAUGAAACCACCUUAUUUUCUGUCUGCAACUCUGACUGCAAAUGUGCCACAAACCAGUGGGAUCCUGUCUGUGGAGACAAUGGAAUCACGUACAUGUCAGCUUGUUUUGCUGGAUGCAAGGCUUCGACAGGACACGGGAAGAACAAAGUGUAUCAUAACUGCAGCUGCAUGGAAAUUACAGAUUCACAAUCAGGAAAUACAUCUGUAAUUUUGGGACAAUGUCCAAAAAGUGAUGACUGCUCAAGGAAGUUUAUUUAUUAUACAGUAUUACAAGUUAUAAGUGCCUUUUUCUAUGCUUUAGGAGGCACCCCUUUAUACAUGGUUAUGUUUAGGUGUGUUCACCCAGAGCUGAAAUCUCUUGCAGUUGGUCUGUACACACUCAUUAUGAGAGCCCUAGCCGGAAUUCCAGCCCCCAUUUAUUUUGGUGCAUUAAUAGACAGGACAUGCUUGAAAUGGGGAAGUGGAAGCUGUGGGCACCGAGGAGCUUGUAGGAUAUAUGAUUCUGAUGCAUACAGGUAUACCUACUUUGGCCUAGUAGCAGGCUUCAGACUACCAUCCUACUUCUUAGCUUUCCUGUUUUAUACAAUGGUGAAGAAACAAUACCAAGCAAGGGACCCCAAAUCCACAGAUAAUGGAGGGCAAGAAAGUGUUCCUAUGAACAAAGAAGCUAACUCAAAGAGCAAUGAAUAUUUAUCAAGUUCUUCUGAUGUGGAAAGAGAAUCACGUAUUUAGAAAAUCCACUUACAUCCAUGAAUCAUGUUGAAUGAAUCAGGACAGCAUCUUUUAAAAUCAACUUGCAGAAUGUCCUGAACAAAACAAUAACACUGCUCAGAAUGAAAAACCAGAAUGAACACAUAGUCAAUGACAAGGGCAGCUAGGUGCACAUAUGAUUUAUAUUUAACUACCUUAUCAAUGACACACACAACCAAUCCCGUUAAUUAACUAAUGAAGGAAAAUCCUGUUUGGCAUGGUUAAUUGCAACUGUUUAUAAUUUUUAAAUGGCUUGAAUGUGGUUUCUGGCACAGUAACUGCAUUCCAAAUACUACACUGGAAGGCCCAAGUCCUGCCCACAGAUCCACCUGUACUCAGUCCCAUUGAAGUCAAAAGGACUUUGCAUAGUUGUAAGGCUCUGCACACUACAGUAAGAAGCUAGUGUAGUUUUCUGAACUCUGGCCUGCCAGUGAAUAUUUAGGUGGAAGGCCCAAACCCUCUUUUUCCUCUGUGUCCUCAGGGACAUUCAACUUGAAAAUCAUUUUUCCAACUGAAAAUGUUAUGCCUACUGACGCUGUAAGUAGAGCUGGUCAUAAAAUGGAAUUUCUGUUCCAGCAGAAACUCCAGCAUUUCAAGUGUUGCUUUCAUCCUGAAUUGGAACAAAAAGUUGAUAUUUCAAGAUUUUUACUGUGAAAUGAAAAAUUCAAAAUAUUUUGUUUAGGAAACAUCAAAACAACCUUAUCGAAACAUUUUGUUUUGACAUAAUUUUAACUUUUAUGUCAGAUUACAUUAUAAUUCAUAAUAUAAAUGUCAUAAUAUUUUUACUUUUAUAUAUUAUAUUGUUUUUAUAAAUGAUAAUAUGAUAUAAACUUGAAACAAUAAGGUCAAAAUGUUUUACUGAAACAAAACAUGUUAACUUUAUGAAAAUGAAAUAUUUCCACCUUAUCAAAACAAAUCAUUUCAUUAAUUUCCUGUUGAAAAUGUUGAUGAAAUCAAUAUGUUCCUACAAAAUGUUUCAAUUUAAUUGAAUCAGCAUUUUCCAAACUGUUCUAUUGGAAAAUUUUCAACUGGCUCUAGUAAGAAGCACCUAAGUUUGCUGUAAAUGAAAUAACUGAAAAAAUCAAUUAUUUUUCUUUACUUUGUAGAUUUUGACAGUACUCUGUGUAUACUCAGUUUCACUAUUCCUCUGCCUAAAAGGACCUCUCUAGACAUCCACAGGAAAGCAGCAAAACUUGAAUAAUUUAUUUUUAAAGAAUGCAAAAAAAAAAAACCUCCACAACAAACCAGGAUCUACGAUUUAAAGAUUUCACUUUCAAAACUAGCAGUUAAAAAAAAAAAAAAAAGGGGGGGGGGGGGUGUUUCAAAAGCACCUCUGAGAAAGUCAGUGGAACUUGUCCUCCUAACUUAGGUACUUUUGGAAAAUCCCACCCCAUUGCAAAAGCAUUCAAAUUGACAAAAAGAAGAACAGGAGUACUUGUGGCACCUUAGAGACUAACAAAUUUAUUAGAGCAUAAGCUUUCGUGGACUACAGCCCACUUCUUCGGAUGCAAUUUUACUAAUAUUAAAGCCAAAAAAAGACCAUCUUCUGAUACUCUUAAUACUAUUUUGUAGCAGCUUAUUCCAAAUUUAUUCACAUUACUUUCAAUGAGACUACUCAUGGAGUAAAUUACGGGGCACUGAUUUAGGUGUCUAAAUAUGGACUUAAGAGUCUAAUUGUAGGCACCUAUUUUUUGAAAUCGUGACUGAUUCAUCCAUCAUAUCUUUAAGUACAUUGAUAAUUAUUUUAUUAUUUUUUCUUUUUAAAAGACAUUUUAAAGUGAUGAUUUUUAACUGAGUUCAGAGUUAUAGCCAGAGGUGAAAGUAAGCCGGUACGGUACGGUACGGCAUAGCGGCAAGAGCCAGUAUGCCGUGCCGGACUGGACCGGCUUCCGCGGCGGUGAUUUAAAGGGCCCAGGGCUCCAGCCGCUGCGGGGAGCCCUGAGCCAUUUAAAUCGCCGCCGGAGCUCCAGCAGCCAGACUCCCGCGGUGAUUUAAAGGACCCGGAGCUCCGCGGUGGCCGGAGCCCUGGGCCCUUUAAUUUGCCCCUGAGCCCUGGGGCUCCCAGCCACCUCUGCAGCUGUUAGCUCCGGGGUGAUUUAAAGGCCUUGGGGCUCCCAGCCACAGCUCGAGCCCCAGGGCCUUUAAAUCUUGAAAGGCCCCGCCUCUUCCAGUUGAGGCCACGCCCCUGCUCAGGACUCCGGUGUACCGGUUAGUCCUUUAAGUUACUUUCACCCCUGGUUAUAGCAUUUUAUAAAAAUUAGACUAAAUUAUUUACUAAGUUGAUCAGUGAAAUAUUUUCAGCUUUGUAGUGACUUUGUUUUCAAAGCAAAACCCAGACAUUUUAGGCUAGUUUAUUCUGAAGCUGACCUCUGUUACUGUGCCAUAUAACAGCCAGUAGAGGGCACUCAAAGAAUGAUAAUAUUAACUACCUGACUAUUGGAGCCCAAGUCUAUCAUGUUUGUCAUAUACCAAAUCCUAAUCCUCAUUGUUUUUAGGAAAGUUGAGCUCUAGAUUUCUUUGAGACAGUCUAUAAUAUCUAUUUCACAACCAUUGCUAAACCUAAACAAUAUCCUAGACUAGAGGCUUUCUUUUGAUCAGCAUAUUUAAAAUACUGUCGAAGUAUCUUUUCAUCAGGCGAUUGGAUUCAAUCCUAUUAAAAUCCCGUAGGUUUGGUGGCUGUUUUAGACAUCAAGUGCCUGAAAUUUCCUUACAAUUAGGGUGUUGCUUGAAUAGAGAUCACAGAACUGGAGCCCAAGACUUAACAUUGAAACAUAAAAUAGCCUUUUCCUUUAUGCAUGAAUUUCCAUUUCUUCAUUUUUGGACACAUGAAUGCAAUAAAAUAAAACAAAACUGUAAAGAAAUUA